AUGUCGAUUCAGAUCAGCGAGGCUCGCAUUGCCCAGAUCAAGGAAGUCAUCACCAAUUGGUGUGACAACUUCUCCAAGUCCUUGAGUGAAGCUGAAGCAUUGGAAGAGAUCCAGAGGGACUUCGAUCCCCAAGUGGAGUGGUAUGAUCACGGCUUCUACAUCUGCCGAGUCGGUCACAAUGCAGUCCUUGGCUUGCGAAAGAGCUUCCUGCAUUGCAAUCAGCCCUUCAGGUCGGAGAUCAAGAGUAUCCUGCCUACCGCCGACGGAGCGGCGGUUGAACAGCUAUGGAUUGGUCGAUGCACCAACGACAUCGUUCGACCGGACGGCAGCGUCGUCAUGAGAGGCAGCGGGAAGGAGUUCAAAAGCCAUGUUGGCUUCUUCGUCAAGAUCUCGGAGGCUGGGAAGAUCACUAGGAUCGAUGAGUAUGAUCAUCGUUAUUGGGAUGAAGGCGUGCAUGAAUCUUCGUACAAGCGAAUGACUUGA